AUGUCUAGUACUAAGAUCUUCCCAGAAAUAGUGAAUGAAAGGGAUAAAACAAACACAAGAUCGUCUCUGACAGAAGGGAAAAUGAAUGGAGUACACAGGGUCAAACAAGAGGAAGAAGAAGAAGAACAACAACAACUGUUUGGAUGGGGGCCUGUGACCCCAAGUUAUGCUGGCAGCAAAGGAAAUCGACCAAAGUGGAUUGCUGUUGGGUGUGCCAUUAUGGGUGCUGGGUCCGUGAUAUUCCUGUUGCCACAUUUCAUAGCUGACCAAUAUGACUAUCGAGCUGUAGGCGAAACAUCAAAUAUAAGUUAUGUAUGUGACCCUGCACGUGAAAGCACGUGCUUAAAAGAUUUGUCAUCGUCAUUUUAUUUGUACAUAUUCAUGCUCGGUCAAGCUGUACAUGGUAUAGGGUUUACACCAAUGUUUACACUGGGGACGGCUUACGUGGACGACAACUCUAAGUCAGAAUCUACGGCAGUAUAUUUAGGUAUCAUAUAUGCAAUCACGGCGUUGGGUGUAGGCGGAGGUUAUAUUGGCGGUGGACAGUUUCUCACUCUUUAUGUAGACUUUAACACCGUCGGCAAUGUUGAUUUGACCCCUGCUGAUCCUCGCUGGGUUGGGGCAUGGUGGGUAGGAUUCAUUGUCACAGCAAUCUGCUUUUUCAUCUUCACCAUUCCAUUAGCUGGAUAUCCGAGAAAUCUACCAGGGUCAGCUGAGAUACGUGCAUCCAGAGAUUCCGACGCAGACGAACAACCUAAAGAGGACGAUCGUACAAUCACGGAAAAGCUAAUUGAGUUCCCUAAAGCCAUCUUUAAAUUGAUUUGUAUACCAACAUACACGCUGGUUGUCCUCGGCGCAUGCGCUGAAACAUUAAUAAUCGGCGGUCUUGCUGCUUUUGCUCCUAAAAUUCUUGAAGAAAAGUUCGAUAUCCUUCCUUCGGAUUCCGGCUUUAUUAUGGGCGCUAUUAUGUUUGUACUGUUUGUAAGUUAUGCUGGCAGCAAAGGAAAUCGACCAAAGUGGAUUGCUGUUGGGUGUGCCAUUAUGGGUGCUGGGUCCGUGAUAUUCCUGUUGCCACAUUUCAUAGCUGACCAAUAUGACUAUCGAGCUGUAGGCGAAACAUCAAAUAUAAGUUAUGUAUGUGACCCUGCACGUGAAAGCACGUGCUUAAAAGAUUUGUCAUCGUCAUUUUAUUUGUACAUAUUCAUGCUCGGUCAAGCUGUACAUGGUAUAGGGUUUACACCAAUGUUUACACUGGGGACGGCUUACGUGGACGACAACUCUAAGUCAGAAUCUACGGCAGUAUAUUUAGGUAUCAUAUAUGCAAUCACGGCGUUGGGUGUAGGCGGAGGUUAUAUUGGCGGUGGACAGUUUCUCACUCUUUAUGUAGACUUCAACACCGUCGGCAAUGUUGAUUUGACCCCUGCUGAUCCUCGCUGGGUUGGGGCAUGGUGGGUAGGAUUCAUUGUCACAGCAAUCUGCUUUUUCAUCUUCACCAUUCCAUUAGCUGGAUAUCCGAGAAAUCUACCAGGGUCAGCUGAGAUACGUGCAUCCAGAGAUUCCGACGCAGACGAACAACCUAAAGAGGACGAUCGUACAAUCACGGAAAAGCUAAUUGAGUUCCCUAAAGCCAUCUUUAAAUUGAUUUGUAUACCAACAUACACGCUGGUUGUCCUCGGCGCAUGCGCUGAAACAUUAAUAAUCGGCGGUCUUGCUGCUUUUGCUCCUAAAAUUCUUGAAGAAAAGUUCGAUAUCCUUCCUUCGGAUUCCGGCUUUAUUAUGGGGGCUGUCACUUUGCUCGGCGGUGCGGGCGGUAUGGUGCUGGGUGGGGUACUGAUCAGGCGUUUUAGGUUUGGCGUGGUUGGCAUGGUACGACUCUGCGUUCUUAUGUCGCUUUUAGCUAUUGUUAUUGGAGGAGGAUUUUUCAUUGGUUGUCCAGAAAUAGAGUUUGCUGGCGUCACAACAGCUUAUGGCACGAAGUGCAAAGUGAUUGAAUCAACAAAUCUAGAUGCCUCUUGCAAUACCGGAUGUGCGUGCGAUACACAGAAGUUUGAGCCUGUGUGUGGUAGUGACAGUAUACUUUAUUUUACACCUUGUCAUGCCGGAUGUAGCUAUGAUUACGUCAUUGACCCGAAACAUCUCACAAAGAUUUAUAAUAACUGCACCUGCGUUACGGAGAACAUUCAACAACUUAGCACUUCCGCUUUGACAGGAACUGCUCAGACUGGGAAAUGCGCAACUUCCUGUGACGUCAUGUACCUGUUUAUAUUGCUUUUGUUCGUCGCCAUGCUAAUGACGUUCACAACAGUGACUCCUGCUUCAAUGGCCAUUUUACGAUGUGUACCAGAUGAUCUGAGAGCUCUUGGUUUAGGGCUACAGUGGGUGUGUCUUCGACUCCUGGGAACUAUACCUGGCCCAGUAUUAACCGGAAGUGUCACUAGAUAG